AUGGCCGACAUGCGGCGUCGGGCUUGGGCCAAGAGCAAAGACUCCAGCGGACAAGAAUCGAAGCCGGAGCACUGUGAGCCCCAGCAGAGCCAGACUAACGGGGACCAAGAAAAACCCUCCCAAGAACCAGGGCAAGUUCAGAACAAGAUUGCCAGCUGGCUGGUUGAAUGCAGGACUCCCCUCGGAGCUUCUCUAGAUGAUCAGAGUCCGUCUCCCAGCAAAGGAGCACCAAAGAACGGCUGCAGCUUUGAAGAUGACCUUUCUCUGGGAGCUGAAGCUGAUCAUCUUCAGUCCACGAACAAUAAACCAGAAUCUUGUUUUGGUCUAGCAGCAGAUCAAAAGAGAAGUCGGUACAAAGAGAAGGGGAGAAGUAUGAACUCCACUGGAUCGGGAAAGAGCAGCACCGUGUCCAGCGUUUCAGAGUUACUGGACCUGUAUGAGGAAGACCCUGAAGAAAUCCUCUUAAAUCUGGGCUUUGGUCGAGAAGAGCCUGACCUCUCUGCCAAAAUUCCCUCCAGGUUCUUCAACGGCAGCUCUUCAGCCCGAGGCAUCGACAUCAAGGUCUACCUGGGAGCUCAGCUUCAGCGCAUGGAACUGGAGAACCCCAACUACGCUCUCACGAGUCGUUUCCGUCAAAUCGAAGUCUUGACAACGGUUGCUAAUGAAUUCUUCCAGCUCUACAGUCAGGUUUCUGGACAGCCUGUUCCGCGAAUCAGCUCCAAGGAACUAGGUAACUAUAGCAACCGUACAAAAGGACAGUUUGUAGUCCAGGUCAGUGUGGAGUAUCUGAGAGGCACCAGUGGUGAGGGGGAGGGGGGCGGAGGCGAAAGUGGAGGAGGAGGUGCGCGGGAGCAGUCGCCUCCCCUUAAGAGAAGCAAUUCCGCUCGGAAUGUUGCCAACCUGCUCAAGAAAACCAUCAGCAAACACAACCUGCUCGGCUCUGCCUCCGAGUCGCCCGAGGCCCGUUCACCUGGACAGCACGCACAGCUGAACGGGCAGGCGGCCUCCCCUGACCACCCCCACCUCAACGGGCACGCCCACACCUGUCCAGACCCGGAGCGACGCGGCACCGACUCGGACCACCAGGCGGAGGUGUUCAGUCAGAAACACAUUCGCAGGAAAGAAAACUGCUCCCUCGCAACAGUUGCUGAGGAAUCUAGCGCAGAUGGAGAGACGGAUCGGAUGAUAGACAUCAGUUCUGAACAGAACAGCACUGGAGCAGAGCGUCAGCCAGAGUCAACCGGUCAUCACGCAGCCAAACAGAGAACAGAAGACGAGGGGCCCAGGGUGGCUAAAGAAAAAGGCCUCACCUCCACCCCGUCCACCCUCGCUCCACCCCAGCUGGCCCAGCUUCGCACAGAAAACGCCGACUCCUUCGACAUGGAGGAGAUUCAGACGAACGAAGAUGAGGCCUUGCCACACGGUACAUCCAGAACCAACGACCUGUCAAGGACCGUAAGUCAGCAGUCAGACAGCAGUGGUUUUGCUGAGGAGCCCUCUGUUGACUCCAACAGCUACCUCAAGGUGCAGGAGAGUUGUGACAGCUGUGACAGUGAGACCACUGUGACAUCACAUCCUUCACAAGACUUGUCAACGCCCCAUGCACUCGACCAGGCAGCGUUCGAUCUGCCAGACAGCAGAGCGGAAGAGGUAGAGCCUGCCGAUGUUACUGGUACCGGUGGGAGGGGAAGUUCCAAGGAAGAGGAGGCGCUCGAUGGGAGUUUGGAGCAUGUUGUACAGUACAGGGCCCACCACCUCCCAAAGACCAGACCUGCUGGAAUACAUCAGGACGCUUGUAAUGGGAAACAAGUUGAUGACGGGGACAGGAUUGAUCCUGACACCGAACCACAGCCAGAUGGUGCCCAGCAGAGCCCAUCUGCUUUUGGACAAGAGCCACAAAUGGAAUUGCAACAGACCCAGAAUCUCUCAGAGCGAGAACCACCACACGGUGAAAACCUGACUGAAACCACAACAAAUACAGAUCGCACACAGGGAGCAGAGGCCCAUGUCAAGCCUGUGGUCUUGGAUGAUUCUGUUUCAGUUUAUCCCGCUCCGCCCUCUCCGGUUCUCAGUGCUCUGAACAGAGCCAAACACAACCAGCUGAGCCGAACGGGCCAGAACGUCAACCCUCAGAGCAACGAUGCUCUCAAAACUCCCGGAGUGGGACGAGGAAGACGUGGUAUUAUCCCCAUGAAGCGGUCCUCCUCAUUGCCCUCUUCUCUCCUUUCACCCAGAGUUGUGUCUUCUGUCAGGAUCCAGUUUGGACAAGGCCAGGCUGUCUGCACGCCACCCAGGUACUCCUUAAAAUACGCUCAGGAGGCUGCAGAGCACAAAGAGGAGGAGAUGCUGGAGGAGAAGGAAGAGGUGGACGGAGGACAGAGUAACUGUGUGUCUACCUUGAUUAUAAACCCUGGCCCUAAUGAGAAACCACCGUCUACCAUUCCUCCUAAACCCAUCCCUCACCACCUGCUUCGGUCAUCGCAUUCCCUGCAGAGCUCCAGCCCUCCUCCCGACUGGUCCCCAGGGGCUAACACCUUGUCCUGGAGCACCCAGAGUGUCCCAGAUCUUUCCUCCGCUCAGCAGCAUCCAAGGCAGUUUCAGCAGAGCAUGAGCACCAGCCAAACCCAAACCCAACAGGGCUGGAAUCCCCACCAGAUGAUGAUCCCAAACCCAAGCCCCUCGCCGGUAUUCUCUGACCCCAACCCUAGUCUCGGCUCCAACUCCAACCCAUACCCUCACCCACAGCACCCUUAUGCAACGUCUCCUAACCUCUUUAACCAGAAUAACAUUUCUUUGAACCACUUUUCAAGUCUAACUAGCCUGCACAACCCUCCUCCACCUACAGUCCCCCCGCACUGCAGCCUCACCAACUUGCAUCAGCAAGCUUCCACGUCUCCUCACUUCCAUCGCGGAACUCCCACAAUGCACCACCCCAGCUACAACCAUCCUUACAGUCAACAGUCACCUUAUCACACACCUCCUCAGAUUGCCUCGCCUUACCUCGGUUACCACGGCUACCACCUGAGCCCACACACGGCCUUUGCCCAUCCCAGCACCCAGUAUCCACCAGUGGCCCCAGAACACAGCCUCCACCCAGGUUUAGCUCAUUCUGCUCCAGGCUUCCUCACCAACCUGGGCUCUUCUCCAAACCCCGGGCUCACUCCGCCGGCCGCUCCGGGUUCAGGACCGGGUCAUUUCCCAUCCAGCACAGAGAUGCAGCUGAGGCGGGUUCUGCACGACAUCCGGGGGACGGUUCAUAGCCUGAGUCAGAGUCAAGAUAACACUCCAGAUGCUUUGGGUGACCACAGAGCAACCACUCCCAGCUACCAGUCUUUAGCGGAGUUUCAGCAGAAGAGGCGCUCCCUGAACGUGUUCCGUAACCAGAUGAUGGACCUCGAGCUGUCAAUCAUGCAACAGCAGGCUCUGGUAUACAAACACCUAAGCCCCAUCGACAGGAUGGAGGCGGAGCAGCUUCAGUCUCUUAGGUCAGCAGUCAGAGAGGAACUCCAGGAGCUGGAACAGCAGCUGGAGGACAGAUUGAUAGGGCUGACGCAACACCCACAGCGCAGAGGUCUUCACAGAGGCAGCAGCUUUGACAGUCUGUCCACUGCGUCUGCACUAAGAGCCAUGGAACCGGUGUCCGACCUCCUCAGGGAGCAGUUCCUUCUCCAAUCGGAGCUCGGCUACGACGGCCACGGCCCCUCCACAAACCCAUCCACACGUUCCACCAGUCCAGUCAGAGGCGAACGAGAGGCCAAGCACAGGCAAGGACUGUAUCGGGCGUCGAUCAACAUAACCCCUGCCCCUCCUUCUCGUCCCAACGCACACCCCGAAGAGGGAGAGGAGGAGGAGAAACUGAGAGACAUUGAGGGAGCAGAGGUCAGAGAAGGAGGAGGGGCUUUAGGGGAAAAAGACGCACCACAGAGCCAAGAAGCAGCAGGGAAUUUCAAAGCGGAGAACUUUCAGCAGCUCAUCAGAGAGAUUCGAGAGAGCGUGGCGCAAGAGGUCAGACGCGAGAUAUACAGCGAGCUGCUGGCUGCUGCGUCACCGCGAGGCUCCCCCCUGCCUGCCAGGCAACACCCGCUGUAG